CGUGAGUCAGACAGAAAGAUCAUGGCAGCCCUGUGACGAACUCUGCAGCUUCCUCAUUCUGAGCGCCCAAAGAAAUAAAGUCGGUGCCAAACUGAGCUACAACGCUCUGUCAGUGACAAUCUGAAGUGUGCUCAAAAUAAAGCAGGUCGGUCUGUCGGAAACUCAAGCGGAGCUGAAUCUCCUCGCAGCUUCUCUCGCCUGAUCCCACUGAUCCACUGACGCUAACUGCUGCGGCAGAGGGACAAACAGCUGGUAACCUACAGUGCAUGCUAGCUACCCGAUGUUAGCCAGCUAAAUGGGUGAAACCCUGUUGUAUCUUCUGUCAGCUCCAGGACUGCUCACCAACACCAGCUUCCAACAUGAACAUGCAACUUGAAUUGAAGAAUGUGAAUCUGAGAGCUGGAGAUCAGCUGAAAGUAAAGGGGAUAAUUCUCCAUGAUGCUGAGAGGUUCCAGAUCGACCUCGGCUGUGACGCAGAUGACCUGGCGCUACACUUCAACCCGCGUUUCCACGACGACGUUGAUGGAUCUGUUGUGGUGUGCAACUCAAAGACUGAUGGUUGUUGGGGCGAAGAGAAGCGGGAAAUACACAACCCCCUACAGAGAGGCACCGAUGUCAAGAUUGUGCUGAAGCUGGCUGGAGACAUGUUUGAAGUGGAGCUUCCUGACGGACAGGAAGUCCAGUUUCCCAACCGUGACAGCAUGGAGGUCAUCACCUACGUCAAAAUUGCCGGGGACUUCAAACUGACUUCCUUCAAGAUCUGCUGAGAGACACAACUGGUCUUACAUAUGUGUCAUUUAUUUAUCAGUUUGAUUAAAGAUGAGACAUUGAGAAUUAGUCAGGUAUUGUGAGAAACAUUACUCAUUAAGAGAUGUAGGUCUUCAGUGCAUUGGAAAUGUAUCUUUAUUUUAAAAUGUCAUUUUGUGCAUGAGAAUAUAAAAUGUUAAAAUCCAACUGAUCUGGUUUGGUUGUCUUUGAAGGGUUGAAGUCUAAUCCUGGCUCUGAAACUGAAACUGUUUCCCACAAACAGUAACAGUGACUUCACACACAAUAUCAGUCUACUUAUGACAGAGUAACAGUCUGAUAAAGUAAACUGCAUAUAAAAAGCUUACUGAGAUUGCCUGUGUAAUCUGUGACUGGGAUCUAUUAAACUAAUAGUGACUGUC